AUGGCCAGUACAAGCUUGACGGCCUCUUACCUGACGCCGGACCCGAGCUUCAAUUGGUUCUUUCUCCUAGAGCUCAUUGUUUCUUGUAUUCUUGUUCUCUUCUUCCUGCUCUAUUUCAACCGACUGUUUGCGACUCUCCUUUCCUACGCGAUCCGAUCAUACACCUGGCAUUACUACCGCGUCUAUGUCGACAUAAAUGCCUUACAAUUUUCCCUCCUCAGCGGACGAAUAUUCUUCAAAGGAAUCCGGUACCAUGGCGCGAAUGAGACAAUCUUUAUCCACGGCGGAUUCAUAACAUGGCGAUAUUGGAAGCGUAAGGUUGAACGCACGAACCUGUCUGGCAAAAAACCCGCACCCAGCCGACCAUAUACGUCAGGGAAGGAUCACAAUGACUCCGUCCAUGGCGAACGCACAGGUGCGACAAGCAGGAACGACAGUGUUGGGGAGCAGGGUGGAGUGGAGAAGACGAUCGAGCUACCAUGCCGCAUAUCAAUCAAGGCGUACGGCCUGGAAUGGUUUAUCUACAACCGUACUCCUGCUUAUGACAGUAUUCUUGCUGGGUUCGGGUACAAGGACAGCACCGACGGAGGAGGUACCCCUGGGCCUGCUUCUCCGACUGAAUCACAACCGAAUCUCCAGCGGUCCAAAACGACCUUCGACACUCUUUCAGAGCAAAGUCCCAAUGAAAGGGAAGCUCUUGGAACCCGGAAUACCGAACUGCGCGAAGCUGAGCUUUCCGAUCCAGUCUCCAGUAUGCUCGAGCUCCUACCGGUGAAGCUGGACUGCAGCAAAGGAGCUAUUGUGAUGGGAAAUGAAAACACUCGAUCUGUCUUGACGACGACAUUUGAUAGCGCUGCAGGAACCAUUGCCGCCUGCAAUUCAGGCCCUAUGGACUUGUACCGGCAGCUGUUCUCGUUGAAGUUCAAGCACCCAGUGGUUCAGAUGCGGCCAAAUCCCGAUUUCAAGCAGAAUCAGAUAUCGACUGCAAAAGUGCUGGCCGCGGAGCACGAGGAUGAUGGUUCACCCAAGCAAAAAAGGGAUCGUUUUAAGCAGAAGGUGCACAAGCACAAAGUAUGGCACAGUAUUCGUGACCUUGUUCCUUACUUUCAAACAUCUGUGGAAUCGUUCCAGGUUAAUGGACAGGGUGGUAGCAUGCCAAGGAGCGAGGCUGAAUUUCCCGAUGUUCGUUGGACUGGCCUGUCCCGAUAUUUGGAUGAAGAUUAUGAGGAUGACCAUGAGCAAUGGAAUUCAAUCGAGUACGCCAGGUUCCCAACAAUCGUCGACAGUCCAGCCUUGGAUUUGACAUACUACUGGGACAUUCCAGGACGAGUUGUUCCACAGCAUCCGGCGUCUGCUGAGUCUACCCAGGAGAAGCAGAACAACAUUAACCACAAUUUUCCUCCAGAAUGGGGCAUGGAUAUCAAGAUUGACGGAGGCACUAUUAACUACGGGCCAUGGUCUGACAGGGAGCGGGUCGGCUUGCAGAACAUAUUCUUCCCUAACUUUUACCGAAGCUCUGAACCUGCAGAGCAGUUGGCACCGGGUGUCUUGAGACAAAGCACAUCUUUCAAAUUGCGCAUUGAAGUCAACGAAGAGCUCACGCUUCGGAUCCCAACUAGGGAGCAGUCCAAGGAUUGGGCUUGGAAAGGGCGCGUAGAUGCCAUGCGAGGAUCUGCCGGGGCAAAGAGGCAACAGGAAAGGAGAAAGUCACGAGUUAAGGAAACCGAAAAAAGUCACAUUGGCUCAGAUGUUCGUCCUUUUGGAUGGCUUUCGCUCGCCGUGGGCCCUGAUUCAAGUAUCAAUUAUGCCAUGGACAUGGUAGCAUCCAGCCUCGGGUUCCGCAAUGAGCUCUGCCUUGACUUGCGUGAAUCCAGGUUGUCAUCUAGUGUGAAUCAUGCUUUACUCUGGCAAUGUCCGCGACAGCUGGUAACUUGCGACUUAUCCAAUCCUAUCUCCUGGAAUAGUCUUCGAUCAUGGAGAUUUUCCGUUCACAGCAAUGACCUUGAACUCUUCAUCUUGCGAGAUCAUAUUUUUCUUCUGACUGAUCUGGUCAGCGAUUGGGCUUCGGGCCCACCAUCAGAGUACUGGACUUUUGUGCCGUUCAUUUACAACAUCGACCUCUCCUUCUCAAACCUCCAACUAUUCGUGAACGUUAAUGAUGGAAAUAUCAUCAGCGACCCCUCUGACCUUGAAGAUAAUCGUUUCAUUGUUAUCAAGGGCAAAGAGUUGACUUCGAAUAUAAUGAUUCCACUGAACAAUUUCCAACCAAACCAAAAUACAGUGGAGUUCAAAGUCAACCUCAAGGACGGUGGUGUGGACUAUCUGACUCCUGCAUGGGAUACGUUGCACACUUUCCUCCCAGGAAAUUCCAUGGCUACCCUUGAUAGCCUCUUUAUUGACGGAUCUUACAACUACUUCAGCUCGACGGCCCCCGAUCUGAUUGAUACGCUUGUGCUGAACAUUGACGGCUGUUCGCCUCGAUUAUAUCUAUACGGGUUUUUGAUCAAGAGUUUCCUGGCCGUCAAGGAAAAUUACUUCGGCGAUGACAUGCAUUUCAAAACCUUGGAGGAGUACCAAGAGCUGGCCUAUGCGGAAGAGCAACCUUCAAACCCCACAGGCAUCAAUCCGAAUCGAAAAUCGAACGACAUGGAUGUCUUGGUCCAUGCUACCGUGGACAGCCCGUGCGUCAUGCUACCUGAGAGCAUCUAUGACAAUAUGAAGUGUUCAAGACUCUCGGGUGCUUCGCUCGACAUUGAUCUGCGCUUCACCAAUUACUACAUGGAUAUGCAAUUUGCCGUCAGCCCACUCAAGCUAGAUUUGCAAUCAACACAUGCGGAUGGGUCAUCAACAAUCUCCGGCACCCAAUUGUUCAUUGACGGUAUCUCUGUUUAUGGGCAUCGUCUGUUUGGGUUGCCCCCAGCAGAGCCAACUUACGUCUGUAACUGGGACUUCGACAUUGGUAGAAUCUUGGGUGAAUGCUCUACAGAGUUUCUGGCAUGCCUGUCAUCCAGUCUCAAGAGCUUCGAUUUCUCGUUUGAUAACGAGGAAAAUGCCUUGCCUCCCCUCUUCCCGCCUGUUUUACAUGAUGUGACAUUCCUCAGAGCCAAGAUUAGCUCGAUUCAUAUCUCCGUGCUCUUAGACCAGGUCGCAAUUGUCUUGAGCACGAAUCCGUUGUCGACGCAGUUCAAUGAUUGGACGAAUUCUAAGUUUUCGAAACGCAUGAGUCUACUAGUACCAGACAUCUCAAUUGCCGCGGUUGAUCACCAGGCAGUGGCCCAAGCUUUACGAUCACCAGGGAAGAUUGUUGCGCCCCUGGGCCUUGUGCAAUUGACCAUCCGUCUGAAAAUGGCUUUGCGCAAGCAUGAUAUCGCAGAACACCGACGCCUUCAGCAGGAGCACAUCAAAAUCCAUGAUCAGCGAACACAUCGAUCCCAAUGGUUACUAUUCGACUGGGAAGAGAUAGGACCGACUUCAUCCCUUUCGGGUGAUGAUAAUAUCGCACCUCCAACGAUGGCGAUACCCUCAAUGCCAGAGCCUAUAGUUAGGCGAUUGGGUAAUGCCCCGUCUUAUCGAGAAUUUUCAGGCGCUCAAGGGACUGGAAGUGCGAGAAGCUUCCUUGUGCAUUCUGAGACCUCGAGUUUGAAAAGCUCCAAGUCACCCUCCAAGAAUACUCGUCCUGUAUCGAACGCGGAACAAAAAUCAAGACCUGUCCCACCAAGUCGAGAUGAGAGUUGGUCCACCGCACCUGCCAGCCGAAUGAAGGACAGUGAGAGCUUUGGCCGAUCCUGGAAUGGACCCUACUCAUCAGCUGCCGUCAGAGAUUCCAACCCUUGGAUUCUUCCACAGUUUUCUUACUACAAACUUUCUUUGGACGCGUCUGAGCUUCCUUCGUCAAGCGGUGACGACGACACGGCUGGAACAGAAAACGAUGCUGAGGUCAACCAGAAGUCCAUGUUCCUGACAUUUGAGGAUGAUCAGACGUCAUACACCAACCUUGCCUUGGACCUGCCACUGGGGAUUAAAGGCUUUGGUACCCCGCGGUUCCUUCUCAGCUUGGCUUCUUUAAUGGAAGGGCUUGAGCCAAAGCACCCAGUGCAAAUCAUCGAUUCGUUGCAGAAGGAUGUAAUAUCCGACAUUGUUGGCUACGAGAAGUCUAUGAAUCAGCCCAAGAAAUCCACUGCCGUGGCGCUUCGCAUCCCGCUCAUCCAAUUGCGAAUGGUUGAUGUUUCUGAAUCGCCAGAAGAUAGGCAGAUUGAGUUCAGAGACGAAUAUUCCAUUGGGAUCUACCGUCUUCGGGCAGAAUUCCAAAAACGAGUGCAACGGCAAAGGGGAGAUCUACUUGAAGGUCUCAACCAAGGUAUCACGGCUCAUGCGGCGGCCGAUCGCCUGUCGCUAUCCGUUGAGGGCAGUCGUACAGAUGCCUUCCAUGAGAAAGCUGCUUUCAAUUUCGAUCUGGGCGACCUGAACUUCUGGCUGGUCACUGCUCCCAACAUUCGCUCGAACUUUCAGAUGCGGCACGUCAAUACUGUGACCUCCGCAAGAUCGGUGGAACGCUUAGCUUUCCUUGUCCGUCGAGCCACAAUGAUGUUUGACUCUGUUGCAUCAGCUUUCCAGCAUGUCUCAGCUUUAAGCAAACGACGGUUGCAAUUCCUCAUCUACUUCACCACACAGUCUUCCUCUGAGACCCCUGACCCAAUUUUCUUGACACGUAUCUCUUAUGUGCUUCGAGUUGCCUCAACCCACCUGCGGCAACAUGACUCGUGGAAAAUAAUUUCUCGUAUUCGCAACCUCUACAGGAACUUGCCUGUCCACCACAAGAGAGAACUCGAACAAAAAUGCUCUAGCGACAAUAUCCCUUUACCGCCUAAUGCUAGGUCGACUGUUCUGACUGGCUUCGACCAAUGGCGGGCGUGGGACCUUGCCCAUGUCGAGAAAAGCUAUGCCAUGCGCAAGAUAUGGUCAAAUCCCGAGCCUCAGCCAUCAACUCCAGAGCCAACAGUUUCUUUGUCAUGCACGGUGCAACUAAUAAGAUUUUCCUUGGAUCCCGGUCCUCGAGAAAGUGACUUCAUAGUCGAGAAUUUGUCGACUGUGACCUCUCUUGUCCCGAAUAAGGCGUUCCAAGAAAAUGGCAAGGAGAGGUAUAAGAAAGUCGUUACGGCGCAAGCGUACUGUGCCUCAGCGGCUCUUCGCUUGCGAUGGGAGAUUGUCGAUCUUGUUGAAGGAAUAAUCAAGGUCAUGUCGACUGUCACGCUGGAGUAUUCACCAGCUCAGGCCACUUCCAGCACUGGAUACGAAAAUCAAACGGAAUUGCAAAUCAUAUUUGGUACUGACUUCGGAUCAAUUACUCUUGAUGCCAUCAAUGUCAAACUCGCCUUGAUCUCAAAAUCUCUGCGAGCCUCGAUUGUGCACAGCUCUUACAACACCAAGAAGAGUAACCAGGAAAGUCUUGCUCUGCUUUUCAGUGCUGAGGCUUGCUCGUCAGAGAUUUUGAGUCGGUCUGGGAGUCUCAUGUUGUCGAAAAUUGCCGACCCAUAUCUCUAUUUCUCGUUCUUCUCUGACGAGGAUGAGUUGGAGUGUAAACAUGACUGGAAGGUUACUGGGUCGUCCAGGAGACUCCGCUAUGAGAUGAAGGAGGAUCCAGUCAGCUUGGCGCAUACCGCAGAUCGUGUGAUCGAGGAUGAAGUCAGAUACAUUCGGCAACUCAUUGACAAUGUUAAAAUGCAGAAAUCUGAGAAUCUCCAGGUCUCGGCUUCGGAGAAGCCCACUCGUGAUAACAUUCAUGUUGCAAUGUUCCUAGAGGACUAUCGCCUUAGCUUCAGUCUUCUGCCGUCCUUGACCUAUCUUGUUUCUGGCGAGGUAGCCCGCAUGUCAGUCAUGCCGGCUGAAUCAUCUAAGAUUGAAGUUGACUUUGACGUGAAGAAGAAUUCACACAUGUUUAUGUCAGGAGAGGGUGACAGAUAUCAUACUCUGUCGAUCCUUGAGAUUCCUCCUACAAAUGGUCGGAUCCUUGCAAAUGUGCAGUCUGAUCGCAAAGAGUUCGAGGUUGACAUGACUAUCGAAGUUAUUCGUCUAGAGGCAAGCUCUGUGCGGAGUUUAUUAGCCGUUUUGACAGGGCCCGAUAUCGCCCAUCUUUUGUCCGAUCUCAAGCAGAACGUGGAUGUUCUGCAGUCUCAUCUGGGCGACGUACUCUCGCUACAGAAGACCAAGCCAGAGCCUGAACCCUCCUCAGAUGAUACAGUGGUUCUCUACAAAGCUCGCCUCACAAUGGCUGGAUUCGAGAUUCAUGCCAUUGCCCCUGGUUUAAACAGCAAGGCUUAUUCUGCGGAGAUGGUCUUCAGCCUCGGAAUGAUGCAAAUGCGACUCCAGAAUGGUUUGGAUCGAGGCUAUUCAAUGGAGCACCCUGAAUUUAGUAUUGACGCUUCUCAAAUCAAGUUCGAGCUGCGAAGGCAAGAGAGAACCAAGACCACUUCCUACGGUGGCUUUACUGCGGGCAUCAAAUUACUCGGAACCUCAACUAUUCGUGAAAAUGGAGAAGUGAUGCGUGCCUACCAUUUCACGAGUGAUCAAUUCGAUGUUGAGCUCUUUGUUGAAACAGCCGCCUUGGUGGUGGAUAUUGCUAUCUACACGCAGGAACGCAUCAAGACGCUGGACUUGUCGCAUGAAGUUGAACGUCUGCGGAGACUUCGACGCCGCAAUCACAAUGACGCAGUCACACCGGCCUCUGAGGUACCUCAGAUUCAUGUAGAGGGCGAUGAUGAAGCACCGACACAGCCAUUCUUGAAUGCAUUGUACUCUUUGCAGUUCCGAGACAUCCAGGUUGCAUGGAACAUGUCGACGCCACUCCCCAGUGGUUCUGGUCGCCAACCUGAGGACCUGGUAUUCUCGAUCCACCAAGUCGAGCUGUCCAAUAAAAAGAAGAACGCCGCCAAGCUACGGAUCGAGGAUAUGAAACUACAAAUGGUUCCAUUCCGAGCAGACAGGAAGAAGCGCUCGCUUAACUCCGCCCUCAUGCCUGAGCUGGUCUUCAAUGUUGCAUACUACUCAAGUGGGAAAGAACUGUGGCUCGCCUUCCAGGCAGCCGGAAAGUCACUGGAUAUCCGCGCAACAUCCGAAUUCAUCCUUCCAGCUAACAUGAUUCGGAACUCAAUUGCAUCCGCUUCUGAGGUUUUACGAGAGGGCAAGGUAGCUUGGGCAACGAAGACAUCGCCUGAUAAUACUGCCAAGGAUCGCAGUCUCUUCGGCAAGAGAAGACUUCGAUCCGUACUCGUUGAUGUUGACUUUGCCGGUGCUACUGUCACGCUCCAAGGAAAGCAGCAGCGCAACUCUCAGAAUCUGAUGACAGCCGGGAUGAAAGGCAACCGGCUUUCGGAGGCGAAGUAUGGUGAUUAUGUGCAAGGCGAAUCGGCAACUACAGCGACUUUACGUGCGCCGGGAGUGGCUUUGAAGGUUCAAUUUGAGGAUAACGGCACCGACGACCCGGCACUCAAUGCAGAGCUCAAGGUAGACCCCUCUACAAACGUAUUAUACCCAACUCUUGUUCCACUGGUCAAGCAGAUGACCGCCACGGUCAAGGAGAUCAUGGGAGAGCAGCAGCAAAAUCAGCAACAGAGCCAGCCAUUAGCUCCACAGCAAGACAGACCUCGACGAGCGUCUACCGCGGCUAAAUUUCAAUCGCAGAAGCUGAUACAAGAUACUCCGUUUGGUGCUCCUGAUCCAAAUUCCAUUCUUGGACGAUGCAAGGUGAACCUGGGAUUGUUGUUCUACAAGCAGGAGUUCAGUCUUAGCUGUCAGCCCAUUGCCAGAGUGGCAGCCACCGCAAGGUUCGAGAGUGUCUAUGUGACCGUCAACACAGUGCAGUCAGCUGAGCAGGGCCGCUUCCUUGCCCUCUCCUUGGCCUUCAACAGCUUGGAGGCCUCGAUUAAGCAUGUCUACUCUAACGAGUCAACGGCAAGCUUCCAAGUCAAGUCCAUGGUCUUAUCCCUGAUGAACAGCAAGCAUCUCGGCCGAACAAGCGGCAUGUCCGCUAUCCUGCGGGUCAGUCCCAUGAAGGUCUCGUUGAACGCCAAGCAGGUGCAAGAUUCGCUUCUAUUCCAGGAAAUCUGGGUUCCGUCUAGCGAUGAUCCGAGCGCCAACUUGAAUCCCCAGCCGGAGCAACCGGAAGCCCAAACCUACAUCGUGCAGCGAUAUCAUCAGGUUGCUGCCGCCUCCGCAUUCCCCUGGAACACCACCAUUGCCAUUGAGAAGUUGGAGAUCCAACUCGACUUGGGUUCCACCCUCGGCAAGGCAGCGUUUGCCAUUGAUAACCUAUGGGUGUCCUCCAACAAGACAUCGGAUAGCGAACAAAGCAUGUGUAUCAACUUUGACAGCGUUGGCAUUGAGAGCAAGGGCCGGUUGAGUGGUGUUGUCGAGCUAAGGGGCCUCAAGAUUCGAACAUCCAUCAAAUGGCCCGAAGAAGCUCGAAAAGACUGGCACACGCCACUCAUCCAGGCGUCUGUUGCGUUCCGUCAUCUUCAGGCCAAGGUUUCGUUUGAUUACCAGCCAUUCUUGGGAGCACACAUUGCCAUGUUUGACUUCUUGAUGUACAAUGUCCGCGAGGCCUCUGGAAAGGCAAGCGAGCGACUAUUCAGUAUUCUGGAGGGCGAUAAGGUUCAGUUAUUCUGCACUUCCUUGACCGCAUCGCAGGCCCUGGCACUCUUCCAGGCUUGGCAGCGCCUAGUCCAAGACAAACAAGCAGCGUACGAAGCGUCUCUGCGGGAGGUCGAGCGUUACCUGCGACGCAAGUCUACCGCUCCCCCAGACCGAAUGGAAGGCGCCCGCACCAAGGAACACGUAAAGAAGGACGACGAAUCAGAAAGAGCUCCUAUCUCGCUACAUACGGGUGUGGUCGUGAACAUCCGUCACGUCAACCUUGGAGUGUUCCCCAGUUCAUUCUUUGAUAAUCAGAUCUUCAAGUUGGAGGCCUACGAUGCUCAAGCAAGAUUUGCCGUUUCACUGGAAUCGAACAAGAUCCAUAGCGCACUUGGUCUCACUCUAGGUCAACUACGUGUUGCCUUGUCAGGCAUCAGUCGCCCCGCCUCCGCCCAACUUGACGAGCUUUCGGUGGACGAUAUCGCCCAACGGGCAGCCGGCUCCCGUGGCGGUACAAUUCUCAAAGUGCCGCGACUCGUGGCGGGAAUGGAAACCUGGCAAGAGCCCGGCACCAAGCACAUCGACUACAUCUUCCGGAGCACAUUCGAAGGCAAAGUGGAUGUGGGCUGGAACUACUCGCGUAUCAGUUUCAUCCGGGACAUGUGGGAGACGCACUCGCGGGCCCUAGCUACCCGACUCGGCAAACCUUUGCCACCGUCAGCCGUCCGUAUUACUGGGGGUCCUGGAAGCAGCAGCGAGCGAGGUGUCGAGGGAGCGGAGCAGCAAGAGAAGAUCACGGCAGUGGUCAACGUGCCGCAGUCGAAAUACACCUACACGGCGCUAGAGCCACCGGUCAUUGAGACGCCACAGCUGCGAGACAUGGGAGAGGCGACACCGCCCCUUGAGUGGAUUGGGCUGCAGCGAGAUAAGCUGCCCAAUGUCACGCAUCAGAUCAUUAUUGUGACCCUGCUGGAGAUCGCAAAGGAGGUGGAGGAUGCGUAUGGGGCGAUCCUCGGAACCUGA